GGCUGCCAGGGGCCGCGGGCAGCGCCGCUUUCUGCCGCCCACCUGGCGCUGUAAGACGGGGGCUGCCACCAUGUUCCCCAGCCCCGCACUCACACCCACGCCGUUCUCUGUCAAAGACAUUCUGAACCUGGAGCAGCAGCAGCGCAGCCUGGCCGCCGGGGAGCUCUCGGCGCGCCUGGAGGCCACCCUGGCGCCCGCCUCCUGCAUGCUGGCGGCCUUCAAGCCCGAGGCCUACGCGGGGCCCGAGGCGGCGGCGCCCGGCCUCCCGGAGCUGCGAGCUGAGCUGGGCCCCGCGCCUUCGCCCGCCAAGUGCGUGCCUGCCUUCCCCGCCGCCCCCGCCUUCUACCCGCGCGCCUACGGCGACCCGGACCCUGCCAAGGACCUUCGGGCCGAAAAGAAAGCAAAAUUUCCCGGCGCCGUUAGGACCCAGAGUUUUUCUGGUAGGAAAUAUCCGAAAAUGCCGUGCGACAAAAGCCCGCGGGACCUGGGAGAUGACCGGAGACUGGACAGAAACGCCAUCCGCGCUAUCGCGGGACGGGGGAGGGAGCCGCGGGUGCUCUUCUCGCAGGCGCAGGUCUACGAGCUGGAGCGGCGCUUCAAGCAGCAGCGGUACCUGUCGGCGCCCGAGCGCGACCAGCUGGCCAGCGUGCUGAAGCUCACGUCCACGCAGGUCAAGAUCUGGUUCCAGAACCGACGCUACAAGUGCAAGCGGCAGCGACAGGACCAGACUCUGGAGCUGGUGGGGCUGCCCCCGCCGCCGCCGCCGCCGGCUCGCCGGAUCGCGGUGCCAGUGUUGGUGCGCGACGGCAAACCCUGCCUCGGGGACUCGGCGCCCUACGCGCCCGCCUACGGCGUGGGCCUCAACGCCUACGGCUACAACGCCUACCCCGCCUACCCGGGCUACGCCGGCGCGGCUUGCAGCCCAGGUUACAGCUGCGCCGCAGCCUACCCCGCCGGGCCGCCCCCGGGCCAGCCGCCCGCGGCCGCCGCCAACAACAACUUCGUGAACUUCGGCGUCGGGGACUUGAAUGCGGUGCAGAGCCCCGGCAUCCCGCAGGGCAACUCAGGGGUGUCCACGCUGCACGGUAUCCGAGCCUGGUAGGGAAGGGUCCCGCCUGGAAAGCCCCUGGCUGAUUCCCCCCCUCCACGGAGGGGCACUGUGGCUCCCAACGCGGCCUUGGGUGCUGCGGAGUCCACACUCGCUCCCGCCCAGGCCUCCGAACCUUUUCCUCGGCCUGUGCCCCUCUCUCCCGGGGCGGGCGGGCGUGCAGCCGCUGGAUAGCCGUCCCACAGCCUGGCGCCUUCGCUGCUGCCGGGGAGGCUGGGAGUCCGGGAGCUCGGGGCCUAAGAUCCAGCCCCGCUUCCCAGGGCCUGGGCCCGGCGCCUGGGCCCUUGGCUGCCUGUCCUUCGCCGCCCACCCACCCACCCGUAUUUAUGUUUUUACUUGUUGCUGUAAGAAGUGAGACACCCUUUGCAAUUAAAGAGAGUGCGCUGAC